CGUAAAGUUAGAGUGACCCCUCCGCAGUGCUGCCUCACUAGAUUAUACUGUUGACAAUAUUGACGUUUAUUUUUAUUAAUCUGUGUGUGAGUUUUGUUGCAGCUGGCCACAUUUUGCUGUCUCCCGAUUCAGCAAGCAUGUGGGUGCCGAACCUGCCCACGGCCAUCAUCAGCGCCGUCACCGCCACCGCCGGAGGCCUCUGCAUCUACAAAGACAUCCACAGCGGUCCUCCAUACGACAAGGAGGUGCGCGCAGAGGAUAAGACCGUCAUUGUGACGGGCGCUAGUUCCGGCAUCGGCCGCGAGGCGGCGCUGGAGUUCGCCAACCGAGGGGCCAAGGUGUUCAUGGCAUGUCGCGACAUGUCCCGCUGCGAGGCGGCGCGGCGCGACAUCGUGCUGCAGACGGAGAACAAGUUCGUGUAUUGCCGGCGCUGCGACCUCGCCAGCACCAGCUCCAUACGGGACUUCGUGCAACGGUUCAAGUCAGAGGAGCCGGCGCUGCACGUGCUGGUGAACAACGCGGGCGUGAUGCAGGCGGCGCGGCGCGUGACUAGGGACGGCUUCGAGGAGGACCUCGGUGUCAACCACAUGGGACACUUUCUGCUGACUAACCUACUGUUGGAUACUUUGAAGAAGUCCGAGCCGAGUCGCAUAGUGAUAGUCUCCAGCAAGUCGCACACGAAGGGCAAGAUCCACACUGAAGACCUGAACCUCGAGACGGGGAAGUACGACGCGCGCGCCGCCUACGACCAGAGCAAGCUGGCCAAUGUGCUGUUUGCGCAGGAGCUGGGGCGGAAACUGCUCACAACACAAGUGUCAGUGGCAGUAGUGGACCCCGGGCUGACAGACACGGACAUCACGCGCCACCUGCCCAUGAGCAAAAGUAUAACCCGGUUCAUCAUCUACCCGCUGUUCUGGCCGACCAUGAAGAUUCCUCGCAAGGGAGCCCAGGUCAUCGUGCACGCCGCACUCGACCCGAGUGUGAAAAGUGCUAAAGGAGAUUAUUAUGUGGACAUGGAACGAAAGGAGCUGUGCGCAGAAGCGCAAGACUUUGAGAUGGCGCAAUGGCUCUGGAAGGUCAGCGAAAAAUGGACCAAAUUACAAGAGCAUAAGAACGCUAUUGCCGAAUCAAUGGUGGCCUCAAAAGCUACUUAGUCAUAAUGUGUUGUGCUUUAAUUGUUUUAAGUCAAAGCAUUUAUUAUGUUUUAUUGUUAGUUAUGUAAUAGUUAUUUAUAGAAAAUAAAAACAAAAGUGGACUACUAGAA